AUGGUCAGUGGUCCAGCUGUAUCGAAGGAGACGAAGGAGCUCAUACGGCAACGCAGUCUUGAGCUGCGAGAUGAAAAGAUGCGUGAGGAGAAGAUGCAUUUACGUGGUCGCUGGGUAACAGACAACAAUGCACUUCAGAAUGCGGAGGUGAGAAAACGUGAAGAAGUGCAACGACAAGCACCGAAGCGUGUGGCUCGUGUGAAUCUCUUUACAAAAAUGGAAAAGCCCAACACUGGACUGGAAUUAGAUGAUCGCGAGGUUGCCGAUCGUGUUACUCAGGAUGAUAUCAUGGAUGCUGUGGAUUUACAAACCCAACAAAAGAAGUAUGAGUUAAUACUGGAUAAACUUGGACCAUAUAAGGUGGAUUUCACUAUAAAUGGUACACAUCUUCUUUUGGCAGGAUUUCGAGGUCAUGUGGCGAAUAUUCGUUGGAAAGAUUUCGCUCUUAAUGGUGAAACUCAACUAAAGGACCGAAUUGAUGAUGCCAAGUUUCUUAUUGAUCACACAAUAACGGCUUUGGCUCAGAAAAAAUAUGUCUAUAUGUAUACCAAAGAAGGUGCAGAAAUGCAUAUUCUCUCACGAAUGGCAAAUAUGGAUCGACUGGCAUAUUUACCACGACAUAUGCUUCUCUGUGCGGCCUCUUCACGGUAUAGUGUUAUGCAGUAUAUGGAUAUCAGUACAGGACAAGAACUGGGUGCCAAGGUCCCAUCGGUAGUACGAGAUCCCACUUCAUGUAUGUCUGUUAAUCCAAGUAAUGGAGUGGUGGCAACAUGUGAUUUGCGGGGUGUGGUGAAAUUGUGGUCACCAAACGUUGUAGAUCCACUUGUGCAAUUAAAAGGACAUAAAGGUGUUAUUGAUGAUAUUCGUUUUCAUCCAAAUGGUCGUUUCUUUCUCACACUUGGUGGUGAUCAUAAAUUUAAAGUCUGGGACUGCCGUACAUUACGACCUCUAGAAGAAUAUGCCGUAUCUUAUACCUUUAACACGAUUGAUAUCUCCAGUUCCGGACUUGUGGCGAUGGGUGGAGGAACUAAUAUACAAGUAUGGAAAGGUAUCUUUUCUAGUUCAAAGCCCAAUGCCCCGUAUAUGAAGUUUGGACUCGGUUAUGGUAAUAUUGCCCAACAAGUUCGAUUCUGUCCAUUUGAGGAUGUCUUGGGUGUUGGACAUUCACGUGGAUUUCAAUCUCUUCUUAUUCCUGGUUCUGGUGAUGCUAAUCCAGACUUCUUCUACGCUAACCCGCAUGAGACCGAGCGCCAUAGAAAGGAACGUGUGGUGUCGACAUUAUUGGAUAAACUUCCUCCAGAUACAAUCUCUCUGGAUAUUCAAGUGCCUGGGGUAAAUGAGGCUCGACUUGCCGAAUAUAAUGAAAACAUUCGACUUAAUCGUAAAGCACGAGCUAUUCGAGAAAAGAAGGAGAGACGGGCAGAUAAAUCUCUUGGUGAUAAGGCUCCCACUGGUUUGCAGGUGGGGGAUGAUGAGGAAGUAGAUGAGAACCUCGGAUUCACAGAACGUCCAGCUACACGAGAAUUAAAGACAAAGAAGGAAAAGGCAAAGGAACGCAAAAUGCAAAAAUGGGAUAAGAAAGACAGUGCAGAUAAGGUGCGAUCUAAGCAAACUAUGCGUACAUCCAAGAUUGCACAGCAGCGAAGGGCAAAGAACCGACGAGCAGAACGCCGUGGAGCGAAUGGAGAUAAUGAUGAUGCUGAGGAAAUGGAAGAAAAGGCAAUGCAGAUUCAACUUAAGAAACGCCGGCGUGAGGAGGCUGAUUUUAAUGAUGAUAUGCGUGUACUGCAUAGUCAACAACAUACCGCUAUCACUAAGAAACAUGAUGAUUCGGAGGCAUCAGACUUGAAGAAGAAUGCGGCUCUCCGUCGGUUACUAUAA